CGAUUUGUUCGAGUAGGACGAGUUUCGAGAUUAACGACUUCCAAUACUGACGCUUUAGUUUACAAGGAAUGACCUCUAACGGCAGCGGGAGAGGCGGGAACGGCGGGAAUGGUGGCAAUUGGAACCAAGGUGGUAACGGAGGUGCUCCGAAUGGUAACGGAGGAGGAGGAAAUAACGGUGGCUGGAAUGGGAAUAACGGCGGAUGGAAUGGGGGUAACGGAUGGAAUGGUCGAGGUAACGACGGUGGCUGGAACGGGAACGGUGGAAGCGGAUGGAAUGGCAACGGUGUGAACGCUAAUGGAGGGAAUGGGUACGGGAACGGAAGCAGUGGCUGGAGCGGUAACAACGGAGGAGCGUGGAAUGGAGGUGGAGAGAAUGGAAAUGGGGCUAACCAAGGAAACAAUGGCCGGGACUGGAAACGAUCAACACAGUGCUAUAAUUGUGGUCAAUAUGGCCAUAUCAGCCGGGAGUGUAACGCGCUGCGACAAGGGAAUAAAGGCAACUUCAACUCCAACCAUAAUCAGGGAGGAGGGCGAGGACUUAACGAUGGGGCGAGCACUUCCGGAAGCUCUGAUGAGCCAGCUAUGGCAAUCGGCCUCAACAAGGAGCUUGAGGAAGGGAUCCGGCAGAUGUGUAAAUAUACAACGAAGCAGAUGGAGCUUGAGGAGAAGAAGGAAACGGAGAAAAAAGCAGCGGAGGAGAGGAAGAAGCGGGAGGAUGACGAAAGAGCCGCAAGGGAGGAGCGGAGUCGAAUCAAUAUACUGAAAAAGAAAGCCAAGGAGCAGAAGGAAGCAAAUAGGGAAUGGAAGAUACAGAUGUUGUUGGCUGAGCAAAAGGAAUCGUUGAGACAGGAAUUCGAACGAAUGUUGGAGACGAGACUACGAAGGAUGGCGGUCACAAAUAGAGCGGUGAAAGGGAAAGGCAAGGAGGAGGAAUCAGAGUCGGAAGAAGAACAGGAACCGAAGGAGAAGUUGGAAAAACGUAAGAGACAACCAGUGCCAGCGUGCCAGGUUAGUCCGCAAGGAGAGACUCCGACGAAGGUGGGGAGACCGACGGUGGUAACGAUAGGAGCCGCCGGAGGGGAGGAAGAAUCUCCGAGACUGAGGGUACCUGUACGACGUACCCGAGCAGCCGAUGUAAGCAUUCCACUGAAGGAAUCGUCCUUAUGAGAAGGUGCACCGACAACAGAUGAAUUCAACACAACGGCAGCCUUCAAGAAGGCAACGAGAAGAUUCCUCAACAAAAAAGUGAAAGCCAC